ACUGCCAUAACCUUAAAAAGGUUUGAAAUUAUUAAAAUAAUUAAUUAUGAGUUUGUUAGAAAAUCAAGUCUAUAAUAGCAGUUUUUUAAAAAGAAAAAUAAAAUUCUCAAAAAUUGAAACCAGUACUGUGCAUAUCAUCGGUAAAAAAUGUGAAGUCGACAAAGUGAAACAGCAUUCUAAUAAUAACAGUUUUUGCAGUCCCUAUAAUUGUUUUUUGACUAAACAUUUAAGUGGAUUUUCCAAAUUGAAAACGAUCGUUUCAUUAACUCUUUGUGGAUGUAACUUAAAUACAUUGCCGUGUUGUUUGAGCAAAUUUAACAUAAAGGAACUUAACCUAUCGCAUAAUAAUUUCUUUGAAGUGCCAGAAACAUUAAUCAACUGUAGAAAGCUGGAAAAAUUAGACUUGUCUUGGAAUAAGUUACAGAAAUUUGACGAGCCAGCAUUUGUUCAAAGAUUAUGUUGUUUAAAUUUAGAACACAAUGAUAUGAAAGACAUACCCGAGUGGAUUCUAAAUGUAAGGAGCUUCAAUUUAGAAGAACUUUACUACAGUUUCAAUAAAGUACAAGAUUUCUCAAGUGCAAAUUUUCAUAAAAUUAGUCAUUAUGAAUUGAAAAUACUUGAUUUGCAAAACUGUUACUUAAUUGAUGAUGACAUUAAGUUUUUGAAAUCAGUUAGAACUUUAAAGAGCCUUAAUAUUAGCAAUAAUAGAGAUAGUAUUAAUUUAAAUAGAUUCACCAAAUGUGAUGCAUUGUUCAAUAAACCAUUAUGGUGUAAUACCUUAACGGUUCUUAGACUACGCCAACUACAAUUAUCAAUGCUACCUGUGGAAAUUAAUUCUCUCGCUUCUUUGGAAGAGUUAGAAAUUUCUGAAAAUUGUUUAAUGUGGUUACCGGAACACUUAUGUGAUUUAAAAAAAUUAAAAUCGUUGGAUGUGUCAAAUAAUCGUCUUGUAGGACUUCCAAAGAACUUUACAAAAUUAAGAAGUUUACAAACUUUAAAAGCUGCUCACAAUCAGAUAACUACAUUAUACAAUUUACAUUUAUUAACUAAUCUUGGUUAUAUAGAUUUGUAUCAUAAUGAACUAGACAUCUUUAGUGAAGUAAAUACAAAUUCAUUGAAGUAUAUAGAUUUAGAAGUUAAUUGUUUUUCUACUAAAGACAUGGUGUAUCUUAGUUUAUACGAGUACGAAAGUAAAAAAACGGCAUUAAGAAAUUUACUCUUCGAAAACAGAACUGAUGGCCCCAAAGCAGUUGGCAACUGUACUGAAGACGACGCUAGUUUAUCCGAAUAUAGUGAUUCGUCUAGCGACAUAGUUUAUGAAGAUACACAUUGUACAAGUAGUAAUCAUUACAACGAAGUAGAUAACUGGGAUGACGAAAAAUCUGUUUACUCCGAUAACGGAUGUACAGAAUCUGAUAACGAAUGGAAAGGCUCUGAUACCAGUAAUUUUAAAACAAGAAACAUAAUUACCUUCAAAAAAUGGCCGUCCUACUUGUUUGAAGAUGCGAUAGAAUAAUUUUAAUUUACUGAUCAAAUGUUAUCAGCACGCAUUACAGUUACAUUAAUAAGUUUUAUUUUGACAGCAUUUUUUAUGUAUUUUAAAUUUAGCGCCGUUUGUAUUAAUUUUCUAAAAAAUAUAUUGCAAUUUUAUUUUAAAAGAAAUGCAAGUUUUGUUAAUACCUUAUUUCUAAUAAAGUUAUAUUCCGAUAAUCAUAUAAUCUUUCCU